AUGGGCUCAUUAGCACCUCUGGCCCAGCUGCUGGAUGCCAGCCUCGACCCGAGGACGAAUAAAGAGGCCGAGCUCAAGAUCCGCGCCGAAGAGAACAAGCCUGGUUUUGCCAUUUCUCUGCUCCAAAUCGCCGCCUCAAAUGACUUCCAAUACAACACCCGACUUGCCAGCGCCCUCUUCUUCAAGAACUUCAUCCGUCGGAACUGGACCGAUGUGGAGGGCAACUACAAGCUUCCUCAACAAGAUGUCACUGCCAUCAAGACAGAAAUUGUUGGACUGAUGAUAUCCGUGCCGCGGGGCCUCCAAACCCAGCUAGGCGAAGCGAUCAGUGUGAUCGCAGACAGUGAUUUCUGGGAGCGGUGGGAUACAUUGGUCGACGAUCUGAUAUUCCGCUUGAAGCCAGAUGACCCGAUCAUCAAUGCUGGCGUUCUUCAAGUCGCACACUCGAUCUUUGCAAGAUGGCGGCCGUUGUUUCGGUCUGAUGAGCUAUUCACGGAAAUCAAUCAUGUGCUGACAAAGUUCGCCCAGCCAUUUCUAACGCUAUGGCAGUCCUUGGAUGCCUAUAUUGAGAGCCAUAGCAAUGAUAAGGCAGCUCUCCAGAAUGCUUUCGCCGAGCUCGACCUUGUCCUCCAGCUGUUUUAUGACCUGUCAUGCCAGGACUUGUCUCCAGUCUUCGAGGACAACCUAGAAGGCAUAUCGGGGCUGCUGCUAAAAUAUCUAAGAUACAACAACCCUCUCCUGCAAACCGACGACGAGUCCGAAGCGGGGCCGCUGGAGAACACAAAGUCUAACAUCUUUGAAGCGCUGACUCUCUACGUUGGCAAAUAUUAUGAUGACUUUUCCAAGCAUGUUCGGGGCUUCGUUGAGAGUUCAUGGCACCUAUUAACAACUACUGGACCCGAACCAAAGAAUGAUAUCCUCGUUAGCAAAGCCCUCUUGUUCCUGACCUCCAUUGGUGGGAUCGCAGAACAGGCGCAGACGUUCGGCGAUGCCUCAGUUCAGACGGAAAUUGUCGAAAAAGUCAUCCUGCCGAAUGUGGCACUGCGAGACUCUGAUAUCGAAAUCUUCGAGGAUGAGCCGAUCGAGUUCAUCCGAAGAGACCUUGAAGGCUCAGACAGCGAGACCCGUCGAAGAGCAGCGGGAGAUUUCCUGCGUCAACUCAGCGAUCAAUUCGAACAAUCCGUCACGACUAUCGCGAUGAUGUACGUCGACAAGUGCUUGCAAGAGUUCAGCGCGAAUCCGCAGGAGAAAUGGAGGGCCAAGGAUACAGCAGUGAGCCUGUUCCAUGCCUUGGCCUCCAAAGGAGCAACAACCGCCGCUCAUGGAGUUACCAAAACCAACAGUCUGGUAGACAUUGGUGACUUUUUCUCCAAACACCUUGCCAGCGACCUGCAGAAUGAAAGCGCUCAGCCCUUGAUCAAGGUCGAUGCGAUCAAAUAUCUCUACGUCUUCCGAAGUAUCAUCACGAGAGAUCAAUGGCAGGCAGUCAUGCCGUUGCUUGUCAAUCAUCUCGGGAACUCAAACUACUGUGUCUAUACUUACGCAUCUGUCGCUGUUGAGAGGGUUUUGGCCAUGACCGACGGAACCGGGCGACCCGUCAUCGACCCUGCCAGUAUACGACCGCUAGCAGGCAGUCUCGUUGAACACCUUUUCAGCCUGGUGGAGAAGGAUCCGGCCCCACAAAAGGUCCAGGAGAACGAGUUUGUUAUGCGCUGUAUUAUGCGAGUUUUGAUCGUGCUGAAAGAUGGUAUUUCUGCGGUAGCCGAGAGUGUACUGCGGCAUCUGAGCACCAUCACAACCAUCAUCGCGUCCAACCCAAGCAAUCCAAGAUUCUACUACUAUCAUUUCGAAAGUCUAGGCGCUCUCAUUCGCUUCACACCACCGGCGCAGGCGGAUGCCCUAGCAUCUCACCUGUUCAACCCCUUUGCAGCGAUACUUGCUAAUAGUGUCGAGGAGUUUACCCCCUAUAUCUUCCAACUGAUGGCUGCGAUGCUCGAGGCGGAACCCAGCAAGCCCUUACCUUCGGAGUACAUACCCUUGAUUGCGCCCAUCCUUGGUCCUACGCUUUGGGAUCAGCGAGGCAAUAUCCCAGCCUUGGUCCGACUUCUGUCAGCUAUUCUUCCUCGCGCGGCCAAUGAACUAGUCAGUGGCAACCAAGUCGAAAAUGUUCUGGGUAUCUUCCAGAAGUUGGUGUCGACCAAGGUGAACGAGGGCUAUGGUCUUGAUCUCCUGGAAACGGCGAUUUCGACUUUCCAGCCCUCUACGCUUGAGCCUUACUGGGUCCAUGUCUUGAACAUCCUGCUCACGCGACUACAAGGCAAACACUCUCAAUCCUUCCAGCUCCGAUUUGUUCGAUUCUAUCACUUUACUGCCUCCCUCGACGACAAGGGCCUGGGUGUUGACUUCUUUGUUGCCGCUACCGAUCGCGUUCAGCAGGAUGUUUUCCGCCAGCUGUACCUGCAAAUCAUUUUGCCGAAGACGCAAGAAUUGGCUCGUCCUUCUGAUCGCAAGAUAGCAGCCAUUGCCCUCACGAAAACGUUGGCGGACUCCAAGGCCUUUGUCGAACGCUAUCCGAAGGGCUGGCCGCUGACUUGUAAUGCACUGCUCAAGUUGCUUGAAGACCCGCCAGUUGUGUCAAGAGGCGACGACGCCAUCGCCGAGCUCGACGUGGAGGACAGCAGCUUUGGUGUGGGGUUCACUCAACUAAACACAAUCCGACGUUCCACGCCGGACCCUUUCCCCGAGGUGACGGACCUCAGGAAGUGGGUAGGUCAAUACCUCAAGGUUGCCGAUCAGAGACAUGGAGGAAGGAUAGGCAAGGUGGUCAAUGAGGGUUUGAGCCCGGAUGCGAAGAAGGUGUUGCACGCUUACAUGACCUUGUAA